UUAUAUUUAUUAGCUGCACAGCGAGCUCGUGAAGCUGCUCUGUCUUAUCUACUAACUAUUCAGAUAUGGCUUCCGCCUUCGCUGACCUUCCAGCAGAACUCACCGAAGCCGUGCUCGUCGUGUCCGCAGCCUCCGGGAACCCGAAUUCCAUAGCAGCGCUUUCCCAGACCAGCAAGUUCUUCUACGACCUAAUCUACCGCUGUCCAGACCAACACCUCUGGCGGGAGAUUUUCCUUACUACCUUUGAUGAUCCCAGACCAGCUCUGAAUCAUUUGAACACCAUAUCAGGUGGUCACUCUAACUUGCAGUUCAACUGGACUCGAGAAUACAUUGACCGUAUUAGCACAGCGAGGUAUAUCAGACGUCCGGUCCAAACGGCGGCCCCAGUAAGUUCGCAGUCGGACUCCCCCGCGUCAUUAUCUGUAGUGAAAGCACUACUCUCAGUCAUCACUACUUCCUUGCCCUUCCCAUCAUCCCCGCCCAUAUCUCUCACCUUCCUAACCGACUUUCCCGAGUCCAAUUCCCGUUUCGCACCCAUGAUCAAUUCUCCCCAAUUCCCACCCCUGCUUCUCCUGCUUACAGCCAAUUACAGUGCCCUGCUUGGAAGCGUCAAUGCGACGUGGCUUCAGGAUUUGUUAGAAAUCGGGUUCCCCCCUGAACUCACACGCACGCUAAUGGCAAAGUUGUCGUUCGAUGUCCAGGGUCAUGCGCCGUACCAGCCCACUCUGACCUCGGCAUCGCACUGGAGCGGGUCAGAAGUUGGCCAGCUAUUCUACAAACUCAUCUGCUGCACCGGUUUUAUACCCAUCAAGGUACCAGCACCCGAGCUCGCAGACACACCCGUUCCUGAAGCCCGGCUAGUAACAUCUACGUCGGCAUCACCAGACUCAGCAUCUGCCCCUGAUGAGAACGAAGAUAUGCCUGCCCUACCCAUCACAUGCCCACGAUUCUCGUUAUACACCCACGACAAGCAGUCUGCUGAUGCCCGCACCCUCGCACGCAGGCGUGUCUACGACAUGCGCUACCUCGGACCCGCACGCAUGUGGGGUCCCUUCCAACCAGUGCGACGCGACACCACCGAUUUCCUUAAGUCAAAUCAACUUGAUGAGGAUGAGAACGAAGACAAUGAUGAUGAGGAUGAAGACGAGGAAGACGACUUGGGUCUGAUGCACUUAGGGUUGAUGAAUGGGCGCCGCGUCCCUGAUCUGAGUCCACCAAUCAAGCCAUAUGAGCUUGUACCGGACUAUGUGUGGCUUGCGUCUGCACGUAUUGUCGUGGAGGCGAAUUUGAGGGAGGAGUUUAGGCAGUCGCCCUACCCGUCUGCGUUUUCGACGGGUGACAUUUUGCCGUAUAUGCGCAAGAUGCAUACGAUGUGCAUAGGUGGGUCGCCUGGGUAUUGGGAUGCAUGGGCAAAUAGGCCUAGGCAAGGGGAGGGAUUGGAGGGGAGUACGAAGAGCAAGCAAGGCGAAGUUGAAGGAUGGGAUUGGGCGGGUGUGAGUGGUAUUUGGAAGCGAUGUAUUUGCUGGCUUGAUUACCGAGACCUCUUGGUGCACAACGUAAGCCACAUGCAUCUGGUAAACGUACCCUCUAAUUCGACGCUACUACAGCUCGCACCCGAAAAGUUCCUCGAAGACGGUAUCCAAGAAGCUUGCCGAGUCAUACCCCUCACACCACUCAGCCCCCUCCCAACCAUCCAUGUCGAGGGUGAAUCUAUAGGAUCUGAUCGCAGUAUAGACGACUUACGCAAAGUCACUGGUACGGUGAGCAUAAUCAGCGAUGGAGCUAUUCGAUGGCAGAUGGUAUCUACUGUAGCGGGGUCAAGUGAGCCAGAGUGGUCGUCAGAGGCGAUUCAAAUUGGGGGGCCGGGUGCGGCGGUUGGGUUUUUGGGGAUGUGGACGGGGGCGAUGCAUGAAAGGCCGGACCCGCUUGGUCCAUUUUGGGCUUGGAAGGUCGCGUGAAACGGGCCUGCAGCAGCAGGUUGUGUGUGGAUGGGCGAUUA